AGGACAGCAGAGCUCACACAAGGACGCAGGGCUUGUGAGCGUUUCUGGAGAGGAAGUUCUCCUCACAGAGAGAGGGACACAGCAGACAGCAGGCACCAUGGAGCCCCCGUCAGGCCCUGCAAGCAGGCGGCAUGUCCCCUGGAGCAGGCUCCUGCUGGCAGUUUCACUCUUUUCCUUCCGGACCCUGCCCACCGCUGCCCAGCUCACUAUUGAAACGGUGCCCCCCUUUGCUGCAGAAGGCUCGGAUGUUCUUCUCCUUCUCCACAACGUGACAAAGAAUCCUCUCUGCUAUGCCUGGCACAGAGGAGAAAGGGUAGACAACACCCAGCUAAUUAUAUUAUAUUUGGGAGACACUAAUACAACUACUAAAGGGCCUGCAUACAGCAGACGGGAGACACUUUACCCCAAUGGAACCCUGCUGAUCCGGAACGUCACCCAGAGAGACACAGGACCCUACACCCUGCUCGUUAAAAAGAAUGAUUUAUGGAUAGAAACACAAACUGGACACCUCCACGUGCACCCGGUGCUACCCUCACCCGUCAUCACCAGCAGCAACUCCAGCCCCAGGGAGCACAAAGACACUUUGGUGUUAACAUGUGGAGCUGAGACUCAGAACACCUCCUACAUGUGGUGGAUCAACAGUCAGAGCCUCCCCAAGAGCACCAGGCUGGAACUGUCCGAGGACAAGAGGACUGUCACUAUAGUCAGUGUGACAAGGAAUGACACAGGACCCUAUGUGUGUGAAGCCCGGAACCCAGCGAGUGUCAGCCGCAGUGACCCAUUCACCCUGGAAGUCCUCUCCCCAGUGGCACAGCCCUCCCUCCAAGCCAGCAACGCCACAGUCACAGAACACGAGGGCCCUGUGGUCCUGACCUGCCUCGCAGAUGAGACUGGGGUCUCCAUACGCUGGUUCUUCAAAGGCCAGAGUCUCCUCCUCGCAGAGAGGAUGACACUGUCCUCAGACAAGAGCACCCUCACCAUAGACCCCGUCAGCAGAGAGGACGCCGGGGAUUAUCAGUGUGAGGCCUUCAACAGGGGCAACUCCAGCAGAAGCGACCCCCUCAGGCUGCGUGUGACCUUGCAAGAAAACAGCCGAGCCCUCGGUGUAGGGGCCGUAAUUGGCAUCAUGGUUGCGGUCCUGCUUGUGCUGACGCCGCUGGCUGGCCUGGGGCGUUUCAUUUUCCUUCACAGGUACAGCGGCAUUCCCAGAUGCUGCUCCUGCCCCAGGCUGACCCUACCUGUUUUCUUUCCUACCCCCUGCUGCCUGCACAACAGAGGGAAGCGGCCCCCAGUGUCCACCUCAGGACGUGGUCCCUCUGGCAUCUCUGUGUCCCAGGAAUUAUUACGCGCCGACACAGACAUUUACUGUGAUAACAGCCACACAGAUCUGGAUCUUAGUUCCUCCAGACACGUCUCCUUAACAGACUUGAGAAAGACCUUACCUGAGACCCAAGACCCGAGUGAGGUCAAGAGGGAGAGCCUGAGGCAGAGAACCAGCUCUGGGACCUGCGGCUAUUCAGGAACCUGGGCCCAGGCUCAGGGUUUAUUCCUGGAGACCCUGACAGGCUGCCCUGAACCCUGGAUGGACCAGAACUCAGGCUGCGAUUCCCGCAGUUGGGGGAGGUUUCAACAGGGCAAGUGACUGGGCCCGUGACCCACUGUGGACCACCGGAGAGGUCUGAAUAA